AUAAAACACACUGACACAGACUCAAAGUAAAAACCAUGAAGGUUCUUGUGGUGUUCGCACUUGCUGUAUUUACAGGUUGCCAGGCCAACCUCUUCUAUUCUGAUGAGCCCAAGCCACAGCUGGAGCAGCUGACCGAUGCUUUCUGGAGCUAUGUUGCGAAGGCAACACAAACCGCAGAGGAAACCGUCAAGAUGAUCAGGUCUUCCCAGCUGGGACAGGAAGUCAAUGCCAGACUGACCCAGAGUGCCGAUAUGGCCAGCGAAUAUGCCGUCACCCUCAAGAAACAGAUGGAUCCUCUGACUGAAGAGCUGAUGACCAAAAUCACCAAGGAGACUGAAGUGUUGAGAGAGCGUCUGGGCCAGGACCUGAUCAGUGUGAGAGACAAACUGGAGCCCUAUGCUGACAACCUCAAGAGCCAGAUCCAGGAGAGAGUGGAGCAGCUCAGGACGGCCAUGGGUCCAUAUGCUGACUCCCUGGAUUCUGAGACCCUGAAGGCCACUCUGCUCCAGAAGAGCGAGGAGCUGAGAGGAAACCUGGAGCAGAGCGUGAAGGAGCUGCAGGCUCAGCUGGAGGCCUACACUGCUGAGAUCAAGGAGAAAGUGGAUCAACAUCUGCAGGAGUUCCAGAAGACCGUGACCCCCCUGACUGAGGACCUCCAGGCCCAGAUUAGAGAGAGAGCCCAGAUGGUCCAGCAGAGUCUCACACCCUACGCUGAAGACCUGAAGGAAAAGCUGGACCCCUACGCACAGGACCUGCAGGCCCAGCUCACCUCCCUGUACGAGUCCUUCGUCAAGAGAAAUUAGAUGCUACCAACAGACUUUUGCCAACUGCUGCUAAUGUAAUACUAGAUACUAGAUUACUAGAUUCAGUUCAAUGUGAAAGUAUGUUCUUCACUGUCUGUAGUUAACACUAACAACUGCUGCUGACCUUACAGUGACCUGAUGGAAGUAUUUAUUCACAGCAAAGUAACAUAACACAAAGGUCCAAUCACGUGCAUCUACAUUUACAUAA